GAUUAUCACCCUCAACUUGGAGGCAAUUGCAUUCAUACCAACAGCCAAUUUAUAAAGAUUCUUCCUCUAUUGCUCCUGAGAGUCGUUGCGCUGGGGAUCUGUCUUCCUAAGCUUCCUAGCUUGCGCGCUUACCACGCUUUCCACCUCCAUAUUUUCAAUCCGCCUUCUACCUCGCCGAGCGAUGCGUCUCUUCCCUUAGAUCCCUCGUCUUCCGUCGCGAAAUGACCGUGCCCAACCGCGAACUAUGGCUCAUUCCUACAAAGUCCCUUGUUUCCCACUCUAAGUUCUACCCGACAAAGAUUACGGUAUCCCACCACCAACUGCGUCAUUUCAUCGGCUCGUCGGAGCAAGACCUCAUCUAUUAUGUGUCAUGCAAAGACGUAUUUGUCCUCGAUCUCGCAACCCAACAGAACUCGUUGAUCGCAACGAUACCCUUUGAGUCGCGGUGUCUGGCCGCUGACCUGGGCUGGGUUUGUGUGGGAGGGGAGCAAAAUGGCGACUGCGCUUUUAUCAAGAUCGAGAAGGACGAACAUGAUCGGCCGAAAUGCUUUGCUCAUGACAUGAAUGUCGACUUGUUGGGAGGAGAAAUAGUCAAUGCCAUGAGCAUUCACACAUUCUUGAAUCAUGGCAAGACUCCCGACGAACCGGUGGUAUUGAUCAGCAACAACGACAAGACCGUCAAGAUCUACUCUCUAGCUCAACGACAGGUGCUGACGACUCUGCCACAUCCCGUCCCAAUGAACUUUGCAGCCUUGUCUCCCGACUCGACGGUCCUCGCAGCAGUUGGAGACUCCAACCGUGUAUACUUCUAUCGACGACACCAUGAGGAGGAUCGGGACAUCAUCGAUGGUUCUACCGGCAGGUACACCAAGUACCACUGGGAGAUGUUUGCAAACCCCGUGGUACCGACUGGUGUUCCCGUAUAUGACGACCACAGCUUUGCAGUGGCCUUUUCACCUUCCGGGCAUCUUUGCGCAGCUUCCUCCCAGGGUGGUUCCAUCUCGGUAUUCGACAUGCAACGUCUUCUAAGCAGCAAUGAACCCGGUGGAUCGUCCAUAAUAUGGACUUUUUGGUCAUCACGGCCAGAUUUAUAUGGAUGUGUCAGGUCCAUGAUAUUUUCUCCCGCACCAUGGGAUCUCUUAGUCUGGGCUGAAGACCAUGGGAGUAUAGGUGUCGCGGAUGUAAGACAGUCCUGCGUUCGACGGCAAAUACUGGACCUCGACCGUCAAAAAGCAGAGGAAAUCAAGCUCGAGGAUGGAACUCCAGUCGCGUUUCGCAACAUGAGCCACAAGGAACGGUUGGUGCAGCAGCGACUCAUACGACUAAGAGCCAUGCGUGGCGUAUCCGCUGAGGCAGCUGAUGAGCUAGGCGUCGGUGAUCUUCUGAGCGAGUCGGGGCAAAGGCCAAAUCGCCGCGACCUGGUCAACUAUGAGGGCUUGGAUCUGGAUGCUCGAGAAAGAUCGGUAGUCGAGGCACUUGAUACCACAAUGGACAACGUGGAACAGCCACCAACUCGCCCAUACAGUAUCAACUACACGACCUCUUCCCCGGGCUGGAUUGCUGGAAGAAUGUCAAGUGACGGUACAUCACAGCCUCUAGGGACCAGUCGUUCUGUCGGUCCACGCUCCCAGCCGCCAAGGAGGAGAUCCUCCGUGGUUCUUUCCGAGCCGAAUGGAAGUCGAUAUCUUGAUCUCAACCCUGACCAUCGCGUAAGGCUAUCUGCGUCUCCAGGCCGCAUCGGCGAUGACGAGGACCCUCCAGCCACGUCGACAAAUACUUUAACUCCAGCAUCCAGAGCUGAGCCGCAGCCAGGACCUUCGGCUAUUCCGCCACACGACCCCUGGCACGUCAUUCAAACAGCACUUGAGUCGGCUCGGGUAUCGGAUUACGGCAAUCGCAGUGUGGCGCUGCUUGGUCGGAUUGAAGCUGCCUUGGAAGCUGAACAACAACUUGGUAGCCAGCUUGAGCGUCAACUAGCCGACGAGAGACAGUUGUCACUCUUGCUUCGCAGGCAGCUUGAUACCCAACGGCGUAUACGUGUUGAGAACGAAAAUCGACUUGACCAUCUUCGGGCGGAGGUGGCAAGGGACAGAGAUGUAAGCGUUGGGGCUUCAUUGGAUCGGGUUCUGCAGCGACAGCUGACGCAUGAACAACAGAACUUACAGCAGCGGUCGCAGGAGUUGGAGAGGGCAUUAAGAGUUGCAACGGAACACUCUCGAAGACUGGAAACCGAGCGAGACCGGAUCUUGGGUGGUGGUUCGGGAAGUGAUGUGAACACUGUCAACCCUUCAGGUUCCAGCUCGGCCCGGACUACAACGCUGCCCACCACGAAUCUUCGAUCGUCCAGUCAGUCAGAUAACGUUGAGAACAUUCUCACGGAUUACUCCGAGUCCAGCCGUCAGAGACUAGCCUAUAUCGAAAACUUUCAGCGACAGAUACGCAGAGCAGAGUGGCAGUUAGCUCAAGCAGCCCUUGACACCCAAUCUCGGGACAGCGCCUUUCAGCGCGAGAUGGAUACACAGGCUGCAGCCUUGGAUGCGGCCGAAGCUCGAAUAGCAUCGCUCAGAACUCGGAUGACAGCUACCGCUAACGAGCUGAGCAGAUUUGACAGUGCUCGCGCCGGCUCACCUCGGAGAGAGCCCCAGCUCAUCAACCGCCCACCGGUAGUCACUGACAGCCUGCGCCGGGGCCCGGUGACCGCUCCCUCGGGUCCGCCAGCUCAACGGGCUGGUGGUAGUGGUAGUAGUGAGGCAGGACGUGUCGAUGGAGCUAGAUCUGGAGUUGCCGGUCGCAUUCUGGGUGGCGGUCGCGUUCUAGGUGCGGAGAUGCGUAUGUCACAAAUGAUGUUUUUGAGUGGCAGCAUGUCGGGAAACAGAUCGAUCGAUGCCAACGGGAACUGGAUGCCUCCCGCGGCUGGAUCUGGGUUGCAACGCGUGACGGGCGCUGGCGGGAGGUCGACAGUUGCAGCACGAGUGGCAGGUCAGGCCGAACUAGGCACAACGGGGAUCGCGUUUAGUCCGGAUGGGCAGUUCCUGUACGCCGGUGCUGAGGAAGGCAUCUUUGAAUUCAAGGUCAACCUCCGCGACCGCAUGACCUUUCCUUCCUUCGAGGCCAGGUGAAAUGAGACGCGCCCCGAUUUCCAGGCCCGCUGGCACUGGAUUGCUCGCAAUUCCAAGUCGCCACCUCUAUUACGCCGUCUCUCCCUCUCUGAGACAACCAGGAUUUCCGAGCAGGCACUAUUACUUGAAUUGGGGACAGGUCUACAUGAUACGUUUAGUCGACGAGUGGACGGAUGGAUGGGUUGAUGGUUGCCGUGCCUGUGAUGUGUAACGACGACCAGACUUUAUGAAAGGAGCGGCGGCAGAGGGAAGAAAAAAAAAGCUCCUGCUUUCAAUUUCCUCCUCGUCCUGGAUCAUAGUAUUUUAUGGCGGAUGGCGUCCAAGGGAGGGGGGUUGGGGUGUAUCAAUACCUUUGCUGCACCAGUUUUAGGGUAGCAGUCUUUUUGCCCUUUGGUAACACAGCACAUAAGUUUACCUUUGUCACAUGCAUGCAUAGUGUGCUUGGGCUUCGGUGGCACGGGUAUGAAGGUUGGAUUGUUCAGAUUGUUGGCGCUAGACAUCUACAGUAGACCGCUUUGACCUCGCGUACAAC